GAGCAAAAAUAGCCGUCGCCACCACUGCCACUGGGGGCACAGAGAGACUGCCCGGGAAGCUUUCCCUUCAACUUCACCAUACCUAAAUCUGAAGCCUUUGAAAACUGUAAGAUAUUCGAAGGAGGAGGCAGUUUCUGAAUAGCUUAUAUAACUUGUUUUGAGAAAUCCAAGUGUUCCUUGAAGAAUACGUGAAUGGGUGAAGUUAUUCUAGGGAUGCCAGGGCCGUGGGCCGAUGAUCAUUGUGAACCAUCUGAUCAUUAUACUUCAAAAAUUGGAGGACUGCCUGACUGGCCUCUUCAAGAAGAGGCUAUAAGACCCAGCCUGCUUGAGUGUGGUGCAUGUGGUAGUAAACUCUGUCUUAUUGCACAGGUUUACGCCCCAAUUUCAUGUAAGAGUCUAGAGAUCGAAGAUCGUGUUCUUUAUGUUUUUGGUUGUGUGAUGCCGAAAUGUGGGAGCAAUCCCCUUAGUUGGCGAGCUCUUCGCGUUCAGAGGUCACCUAAUGCAGAUAAACCACAAACUGCCUCUGUGGAUGUGGCCUCUUCACCUGCACCCUCUGUGUUAUCACCGAAUACCAGCUGGUGGGAGGGUUUUGAUGAUGACAUUGGUGAUGACAUGGAUCUGGAGGAAUUGGGUAAAGCACUCUCCGAAGCUGCAACCUUUGCUUCUCAAUGUUCUCAUUCCAAGAAACCACAGAGAAAUCACCAUUCUGAGACUUUCAUGACGCCCGCAUCUGCAAGUACAAGAACAAGACUGAUGGAUGCCAACACAUCAGUGGUGCCUUGCUUUUAUAUUUAUUCUCAGAAAGAGCCAUCCUCGAGGGAUCUUACUUCAAUUUGCUCGAAUUACUCGUCACUUUCCAUUAAGGAGAAUGGUAGUGAUGCUGAGGGUCAUGUACCAGGAGAAACUUGGGCAGAGGAACGUUAUGAACAUGAUAAAGCAUUGACUGCUGAUAGGACUUACCUUAAAUUCAAGCGUCAACUGGAUGCAUUUCCAGAGCAAUGUUUCAGAUAUUCAUAUGGUGGGAAACCACUUCUGGCUACAGCAGAUGAAGGAGAACCUGGGAGGUGCAGGCUAUGUGGUGAAUCAAGGCUCUUUGAAAUGCAGCUAAUGCCACCAUUAUUGUACUUUCUACAUGAAGCAGUUGAUGAUCAUCAACGAGUUUUGUUGGAGAAUUGGGACUGGAUGACACUCAUUGUAUACACUUGUUCCAAGAACUGUUCUCAAUCGUUUGAUCAAGAAAAACCCAACUCAGGAGGCUGGACUGUGGCAGAGGAAGCUGUUGUGGUACAAUGUGAGAAACCCUUGGAUGAGUCGGCUCGACUUAGCUAUUUCUCAUGAUCUGUAAUAUCAGUUUGCAGAAUUAGCAAAAUCCUACCUCUCACGACUCACAUGGUAGUAAAUCUUAUACAGUGUCUGUGAACUGGUCAUAUAUUCAGAAUCAUUGAGGAGAUCUUAACAUUGCUGCUGAUGGGGUUAUUCUAUAGUAGUUUCAUUGCAGAAAUGAAGGAACUUCUUAUGUAUUGAUCAAGGAAAAAGAGUUCAUACUGCCUGCAGGGGUACUUGGUAAUUUGGGGACAACAGAGAUUGUGGUUUCACAUGGUGGAGUACGAUCUUCUCGUUUGAAGUGGAUUACAUCCAUUUUGAUACUUCUUAUAAACACAGGCUCAAAUACCUAAUGGUUUACUUAUAAAAAAAAAAAAAAAAAAUUACCUAGUGUUUUACACAAUGAAUUACUAUUAAGUUCAAGUGAAAUAAAGAGGAUGAUUGUCCUU